UGGACAGCGAACGCCUGCACCGCGCUGAGCCUCGCCGUCUCCAACCGCCGACAUAUUCUGCCUGCGCUCACAUUCGCACUGACUCACAUAAUAACAUGUGCACAGUAUUUGAACACGAUCGAUAGACAGAGCAGCACCACACCACCGAACAUGGCCUCCGUGACGAGCCUCGACCAGGACAUGCGCAACCUGCGUCUCGCGCGAUACACCCCGCAGGCAGCCAACGAGGCCCGCCAUUGGAUCGAGACCACCUUGGGAGAGUCCUUGCCAGCAGGCGACUUGCUCGAUGCGCUCAAGGAUGGCGUCGCGCUCUGCAAGCUGGUCAAUCUGGCAGUACAGGGCAAGGCCGGGGCCAUCAAAUUCAAGACCAGCGCAAUGCCCUUCGUGCAAAUGGAAAACAUCAGCCACUUCCUGAGAGCUUGCGAGCUACCACCGCUGAACAUGCCCGCGCACGAUCGCUUCCUGACUGUCGACUUGUUCGAGAAGAAGGAUCCCGCCCAAGUCCUGCAGACCAUUGGCGCGCUCAGCAGGCAGGCGCAUCAGAUCAAUCCAUCACGAUUUCCACACACGAUUGGGCCCAAGAAGUCUGGCUCAGUACAAUCCCCCGCGACCACAGGCAAUGGCUUCCGAAGACCUGCCAGUCCGACGAAAGCCGUCCCGUCAUACAUCCCUCCCACGAACCGUGCUAUGAGCCCGACAUUGACCGGAGGAUCAGCUGGCUCCCAACAGUCAGCCGGAGGCACAAAAUCACCGACAGGCCCUGUUAGUAGUUGGAGCAAAAAGAGCGAUGAAGGCAGCACGGCGCCGGCUUGGAACAUUCACCAGUAUGGCUACAUGGGAGGUGCAUCGCAAGGCAAUCAAGGCAUCAGCUUUGGGGCGAGGCGUCAGAUUACUAGUCAGGCUCCCGGAGUGCCCAGCUUAGCGGAGAAACAGAAGCAGCGUCAAGAGAAGGAGGAGGCUGAAGAGCGGCAACGGCAGCAGGCGCAGGAGGAGCGCGAGCAGAGGGCCCGAAAAGUACAAGAAGAGGAGGAAAGGGUCAAGCUCGAGGAGGAGCGGCGAUGGGAAGAGGAGACGAAACGACAUCGCGAAGAAGAACGACAACGACUUGAGCAACAGAAACGCGAAUGGGAGCAACAAGAGCGGAAGUGGCAGGAGGAAGAGGAGAUACGGAAGCAGGAAAAUGCCGAGCUGCAAUCGAAGAUGAGCGUCAAGAGACCACCAGAGAAGCCUCGUGUGCCCUCAUCUGGCAUCCUACGGGGGCAGACAUUGGCACAGUACCAGAAAGAGCAAGCAGCGCUGGCAAGCAAGCCUUCCGAACCUGCUGAGACACCCGAGCAGCAACGGGUAAGAGAGCUCGAAAAACAGCUGGAGGAAGCUCGUGAGCGCGAGCGGCAAUACCAGGCGGAACGUGAAGAGCGUUUGAAGAGAGAUGGGACGGGAGAGCGGUCACGACCAAGCACAGCUGAGACGGCAAGACCGGGAAGUGCAUCGCAAAGUGAUGUUAGCUGGGCUGGCGAUGAGCGAGACUUCCAGCGCAAGCAAUACCAGUCGAGUAACGAUACGGCAUCCUCGAGGCCAGUCCAAGUGGGUGCGACACGGCCUCUCCCGAAACCUGCAGAGCCCAGUCUGCCAUCACGACCACUGCCUCAACCUGCAGCAGAUGCCGGCAUUCCACCUGCUGCAUCACAACCAAUGCUUCCGGCAAGAAACCAGUCCUCUCCAUUUAACAAAUCACCGUUUAGCAGGCCACUUCCGACGCCAGCCAAGCAGCCCGAGCCCGAGCCUUUUGAGCCAGAACAGCGCAAGCCUAAUAGAACGGAAGCCUUCCUCUCUUCCAAUGCAGCACCGACCACCGCAGGACCGCGCAUCUCUUCAGCACAAGAAGCUGGUGACACUUCGCUUGAGCAGCAGAGACUACGCGACUCACGCGUUGCCUCGCAGCAGAAGACCAAAGCUGGAGGCUGGGCGAGUAAGUCUCUCCUGGAACGCGAAAUGGAACGAGAGCGAGAACGGCAGCGCGAGUGGGAAGCCGCACAGGAGUUGGCCAAGAACGCCCCUCGAGAUGCCAGCCAGGGCAGCGGGCCUGCUCAGUCAUGGGACGUCAACCAGUAUGGAUACAUGGGCGGUGACAGCCAGAAUAAAGGCUCCAGUGUGGGGAGUGGCAUCAAUAUCGGUGGGAGGAGACAGAUCGCUCCGACUGGUCCUCGUCCGAUGAAGUGAUAGCAUAUAAAGAUACCAAGCAAUGCAGCGGUCAUAUUUUCGUGCCUUCCGUUCUCCUGGUUUCGCUUUUCGUGAUGUUCAGCCUGUUAUCCAGCUUCUGGCGCCGUCUCCUCUUCGUGGGCCUGGUGGAGGUACAGCCCACUGCUUCCUGCGUUCGACACCUUGAAAUCCAUGCUCUUCCUCAUCUGCUUUCAUGACAUCGUCCCUCGCAAUU